AUGGCCUCCAAAGUGGAACGCAAUUUGGAGUCGCCGGAAACCCUGGGCGGAGGAGGCUGGACUAGACUCGCUCCUCCUCCUGCACCAAAGGGAGUCGCCGCCGCCUGGUCUCUUAACCGCCGCGGGGGGAAGGGGCUGACUCUGAUCUGGAUUACAUUCAGUACAGGCUGGAAUAUGAAAUCAAGACUAAUUAUCCUGAUUCAGCAGGCAAGCUCUUACCACUGACUGAAGAAGAGAAAACUGCCACAGAGCAAUUAAGAGCUCACAUGUCAGACUUAUGAUGAAGAAAUGGACUUGCAAAAGGGAACUCUAAUGGGGAAGAGAUCAAUUCCAGAGAGAUUUAGGAAGCUGUCUUGUUAGCAUUCGAUGACUGUUGGUGGCGGGAUGACAAAGGAGAUUUGGCUUGGGUUACUGGAUAGUGAUGCCUUCCACAAGAGAGGGGAAUACAAGAAGGGCAGAUAUUGUACUCAUAAUGUUCAGCCAAAGGGAUGGAAUGGAAAUAAAGAGUUUUAAAAAAAUAUAUGCAGGGGGCUUCCCUGGUGGCGCAGUGGUUGAGAAUCUGCCUGCUAAUGCAGGGGACACGGGUUCGAGCCCUGGUCUGGGAAGAUCCCACAUGCCGCGGAGCACCUAGGCCCGUGAGCCACAACUACUGAGCCUGCGUGUCUGGAGCCUGUGCUCUGCAACAAGAGAGGCCACGAUAGUGAGAGGCCCGCGCACCGCGAUGAAGAGUGGCCCCCACUUGCCGCAACUAGAGAAAGCCCUCGCACAGAAACAAAGACCCAACACAGCCAAAAAUUUAAAAAAAAAAAAAAAAAGCAUAUACACUUAGUCUUGUAAUUUCAGGCAAGUAAGUCUCAAUACCAUUUUGUAUCUGUUUUUGUAUAAUCAGGAUAACACAGAUGUCCUGGCCUAUUGUAAAAGAAAAUUAUGUACUAUCAGUCAGUCAAAUGUGAAUGAACAUGCUUUGGAAAUUAAAGGAUAGGAAAAAAAUUUGUAUUAUUUUAUACAUAUGUACAUAAUUUUAUUAUUGAAAAUUCUGAUUGCAGAUGUGGUCACAUUAUUGGUGAGACUGUUAAUGUGUGACUUAACAGUCUCCCAUAAAACCUAACUUAGUAAUAAGCUGGCUUUUCUGUGACAGCCUCACUUUUAUUUUUGUCCUAUUCCCUCUUCCUGCUAAUGUUGAGCAGCCUGAGCUCUGCUUUCAAACGCUGUUUUAGAUUGUCCCUGUUAUACUUCAAUACUACCUUUGUUCUCCUCUGGUCUAUAUUACUGUAGUUGUUCAUUGUACUGUAUAUGAAAGCUAAGAAACUGAAAUGAGAGGGUCACUGGCAACCGCUACUUGCCAGUUUGUUUUGUGUGUGUGUAUGCGCACGCGUCAACUUCCCUAUUUAUUAAAAAAAAGAAAAAACUAAUGGCAAGUAAAUAUGAAAGUAAAUCAUGGUAUAUCUAUACAACAGAAGGUCAAGUUACCAGUAAAUUAUUACUGUUAAUGUUCUGGGAAAUGCUAAAGCUAUGCUAAAUAGGUAAGAGGAGAAGCAGAUAUUGUAGCUUUGUCGUCAAGAUUGGGCUUUGGACUCAUACCGGAGAUGUAAACACAGGUUUUAAAUUCUAGCUGUACGACCCUGAGCAAACCACUUGACUUGUGUGUGUCAGGAUGGCUGGAAGCACAAUAAGAUGGUAAAGUAUUAGGGUUUGAUAUUUAGUAAUCCUUCAAUAAAUAUUUCUAUAUAUGUCAUAAAAACAAGGCAUUGAAAGAUUAGGAAAAGUGUAUCAAAUGUUAGUUUUACAGGUUAUACAAUUAUACUUUAAUUUUAAAAGAAUUUUUUCUGUUAUGUUAUUAACAAACUUAUAAUAGCUGACAGACAGGGUUGGAAGAGUAGCUUCAGUUAAAAUUGUCUUGUCUCCAGGCUCACUGAAUGGAUACAUAAACAAGACCCAUAUAUAUGCUGUCUACAAGAGACCCACUUCAGACCUAGGGACACGUACAGGCUGAAAGUGAGGGGAUGGAAAAAGAUAUUCCAUACAAAUGAAAAUCAAAAGAAAGCUGGAGUAGCAAUACUUAUAUAAAAAAAAAAAAAUCGUCUUGUCGCUUCUGAAUAUCUGGAGAACAGAAAGUAGCCCCCCCCCCUUUUAAAUUACAGAUAAAUAAGUCACACCUUAGUAACAUAUUAUUUUUCUUCAGUACUCAGGCAGUUAAUAUUGAGGAAGUUCCUGUCAUGGUAUGGCUCUGGGAUGUGAUGGUGAUGGUGGGAUUGAAAAAUGGUGGUAUCAUGAAGAGGUCUUAACAAGUUACUGGUGUUAAAGGGUUUUGCUUUCAAUCAGAAAAAAAACUAGAUUGUACUGUUUUUCCUCUAUGACUUCCUUCACAAGUUACCUUCUAAGUGUUGGUUCUUCCCCUCAUCCCUCUUAAAAUUGCUCUUGUUUAUAUAUUCAUUUAUUUCCCAAGGUUCAUUUAUUGCCUUUUGGGGAAUGAUUCCCAAGUAUAACUUAUUUCACUAGACCUAGAUCCAAAUUUCCAAUAAAAACCUCUACCUGAAUAUUCAAAUUGAGCAUGUCCAGAAUAUUUAACUGAUUUUCUUAUUUUGUUAACAGCAACUGUUCUGUUAGCUGGAAUUAAAGUUUG